AUGGUUGAAAGUAAACAAGGCAAGAUACCAAGUGAGAACACUUUAGAUGAAAAGUGGGAUCAUUGUUUAUCUAAUUUAUUAGUAAAGACAGGAAUUGGAUUAGGUGUUGGUAUAGUCGCUUCAGCAUUAAUAUUUAGAAAAAAAUCAUGGCCAAUUACAUUAUCAACAGGAUUUGGAGCAGGAGUAGCUUAUGCUGAAUGUCAAAGAAUCUUUAAUCCAAUUGCUUUACCUGGUAAAUCUUUUAAAUUUCAUGGUAGGGAAUGCGAAUCAAUAUUUUUGAAUCGUACUUAUUUAUAUUUUCCAACAAAUACAGACUAUAAAAAAGAUCAUCAAAAUCGUGUAACGGUUAAACAAAUUAUUCGUGAUAGACUUGCAGUUGAAGAGCGUAGUCUUCGUCGAGUAGUUAAAAAACAUGCAUUGUUGAUGAAUUCAUUAGAACAAGGAAAUUUAAAAGAAGUUCAACAAUUAUAUAAUGAUUUUAUUGUAGACUUUACUUCAUAUGAAUUAACAUUAACCCGUUUUCAAGCAAUUCAUAAUGUAAAUAUCCAAGAAACUCAACAUUGGUUAAUGGAAGCUCGUAGGAUAGAGCAAGAAAUCGAGGCCACAAAAAAAGUUAUCGAGAAUUUAGAAAAAGAAUUGAAAGAAGAAGAAGAAAUACGUAGAAAUAAAAUACAGUAUGAUGCUUUGGCAAUGGAAAUCAAUCAACAUAAAUCAAGAGAAGAAUCAACAAAUGGUAUUUUAGAAAAACGUAGUAAUCAAUUAGAAAAGGUUUUAUUGGUUGUUAAUGAAAUUCAAACAGAAAUACAAAAUGACAAAGAACAGUAUGAACAAAUACUUGAAGAUAAUGAUGAACAUGUCAAUACACCAUCUUCUGUUAGAAGUGAAUUUAUUUCGCCAGUUGAAAAUAAUUCACCAAAUUUAUCACCUCAACAAUUGUUGAAUGAUAUAAAUGACAUAUCAUCAUCAAACUUAAUACAAAACGAUGUUAAUAUCAUACUAAGCUCCCACACAUUAGGUGAUAAAAAUAAUGAAAAAAUGGAUGAAGAUGAUGUAACUGCUGCCGAUGAAAUUGGAAUGGAUGAAGAUGAUGUAGCUGCUGCCGAUGAAAUUGAAAGCAGUGAGGAUGACAGUAAUGAAAUAGUAGAAGAUGUAAUAGAUUCUAAUUUUACUGUAAAAAGGAAAAAGGAAACUUUUUCAGGAGAUGAUGAAGAAAAUGAGGGAGGAGGAGGUUCAAUAGAGGAGAAACAAGCAAAAAUCUAUCCCAAGAUUCAUUUUUAG